AUGGCUACGAUUGAGCCUCGAUUGAUCCAUCUGCUUAACAACUCUACCACGCCUGAGCUGUCCAACGCCGACCUCCCCCCCUUUCAUACCCUCCCGCUUCCCGACACCGACCGUCAGCUGCCACCCCUCGACCGAGAUGCGAGCCAGAACCAACGCGGCGAUCGAUUCGCAGCAACAGCCGACGGCACCCCGAAACGCCUGCCGCACCACCACCUUGUCGGCGAGGACCAUGGGUCCGCCAGGCCGCCACCGCCGCUGUCACUCCCCCCCGACGAGGCAAACCUAGGUCUUGGCGGCUAUGCAGGCAGCUCCGACCUCUACCCGCUACGCAUACUCCUUCGAGAGUCCGAUGCCGUCGUCGACUCGUCCUUUCACCUGGGAACCAGAGGUUCCGACGAUAUAACGAUAACCGCCGACGCCGCCGGAGCCACCCCGUCCGAUGACGCCGCCAACAAGAAACGAACACGUGCUGUAGCCACCAGCCGCGACGACUAUCUACAGCUGCCCCAACCCGUCAAGAAACAGAAGCCCGCCGUCCAUGCUUCCGUCUUCCCCCCCAUCAUCAACGGCCUUCACGAGCCACCCCCGCACGCUGCCCUGUUCCCGCCCAUCGCCGCCGAUUCAUUCGGCGAGCGAGAUUCGGGCCAUCUCAAGUCCCUGCACAGCUCCGAUAAACGACCACCUGCAGAUGAUAGCAAUAGCAAGUCAGGCCAGAAGACACCUCCCGAGACGGACAAGUCACAGAUUGCGUCGUCUUCGGUGAGGAAACGCGCAACGAAGCCCAGGCGGAAGUGGUCUGAGGACGAGACGAACCAUCUUCUCCUCGGAGUCAGCAAGCACGGAGUUGGAAAGUGGAGGGCCAUCCUCAACGAUCCCGAAUUCAAGUUCAACAGCCGAUCAGCUGGCGAUUUGAAGGACAGAUUCAGGACAUGCUGCCCUGCCGAGCUCCGAGAUGCAAAGGGCGAAACCUCCUCACCCACUGCUACUCCGAGCCGGUCGCAGCAGCAGAUGGCCAACCCUAGCAAAAACAAAGGCCUGCACUCAGAAAACAUCCUCCACCAAGAAGGAGAUUCUGCCAGCACCCAGCCAGGCAUGAUCACUCCCCCGACCGAAGCCGCCGUCGGCCCCACCGACGACUCUUCGUCAUCGAAACAGAAGAAGACUCGGGCACACCGCAAGAAGCUGGCGGAUCUGGAGGACCUUGGGAUCCACGCGCCCUUCAAGAAGUCUCUCCGACGAGAGAGACGGCCUUUUACGGACCAGGAUGACCGCGAGAUCCUGGAGGGCCUGUCCAAAUAUGGCCCAGCCUGGACAAGGAUCCUGAGGGACUCUAGCUUCCAUCUCUUACCUAGACGGCCCACAGAUCUAAGGGACCGCGUCCGGAACAGAUACCCAGAGAUCUACCAGCGGAUUGAGAAGGGCAUCUACCAGACCAAAGAGUCAGGAAAGAGCAACGACAUCAUGGAGCCGUCGAUAACCAUGUGCAUCGAUAACUCCCUCAAGCCACCAAACCAAUCAUCCAGACGGACUGGCGACUCCAAGGAGGAUUUAUCCAGCAACAGCAACGGGCCUGUUAUGCAGCAGCAGCAGCAGCAGCAGCCUUCAGAGCUGGUUGGUUGCAGCAGUCAGCCAAAGUCACAAGGAUUCGAGUUCAUGGAUUCGAGUGCUGGUCAAUACCUGAGUGGUGAGAUGGACAUCUCCAGACUUCUCCUGGACGACUCAAGGUGA